AUGGACGUGAAAACACGCGCUCGAGCUGAGAUUAAUAAAAGUUUAGAACUAUGCAAUUAUUGCGCCCAUAUGAUCGGGCUGUCGUUUACGGACGAGGUGCCGAGAAGCGUAUGGGCGCGCGCAUUACGCGUCGCGCUGUACGCGGCGUCUGCGCUGGCGCUGCUGCUGCUGGUGGCGUGCGAAGUCAGCUAUGUAGCCGGCCUGCUUCUCAAUACCACGUCCGUCGCGGAGUUCGUCGCCAGCCUGCAUAUUGUGGGGUACGGUAUGAUGGGUUCAAGCAAGCUUCUUACCCUGUGGUUCAAACGCCAUAUGUUCAGAAAAUUGGUGAUUGACUUAGCAGAGAUAUGGCCGGUAACCUGCGAAGAUGAGGAGGAGGAUAAAAUCAAGCAAGAAAGCUUAAGAGCACUUCGGCUGGGACAAUCUUGUUAUACAUUUUUCAAUGUGUUUGGAGUCGUCAUGUAUAACGUAACGCCUAUAGGAGUUCAUCUUUAUCGGAGAAUCCAAAAUCAACCUUCGGAUUUGGGCUAUGUGUGGCACGCCUCAUAUCCCUUCGAUAAGACUAAGGAUAUUUACCAUGAACUUGUCUACGCUUUUGAAGUUUUUUCAGGCACGGCCAGUGUAUGGGGCAUGUUGACGUCCGACAUGAUGUUCACGACGAUGGCAAGCCACAUUAGCAUGCUGCUGCGGCUGCUGCAGGUGAAGGUCCGGCGCCUGGCUGCCCAGGACCCGGAGCGGGCGUCGCUAGACCCUGUCGAUUGCUACGACGAGAUAGUGAAACUUGUUAAGAUCCAUCAGAGACUCAUUAGUUACAGAAACGACUUGGAGGACACAUUCUCAUUUCUCAACCUAAUCAACGUUCUGUUCAGUUCGGGUAACAUAUGCUGCGUCGUUUUUGUCAUCGUUCUCCUGGAGCCGUGGAUGGAAAUGAGUAACAAAAUAUUUCUGGGCGCGGUGAUGACUCAAGUUGGGAUUCUGUGUUCAUACGCCGAUGACGUUUAUCGAGCAAGCGUGGGGGUAGCGGACGCGGUGUACGAGAGCGGCUGGUGGGCCGCCAAUGGCCGCGCGCGUUUGGCACUUCUCGUCCUGAUGCAAAGAUCUCAAAGGCCGUUGUAUUUCACUGCUCUGAAAUUUGGCCCGAUCACAAUGACAACCUAUCGUUCUAUAAUAACGAACUCUUAUUCGUAUUUCACUCUUCUAUAUACGGUUUAUAGAAGUGAUUAAAUAAAUACUAGAACCUUCAUACAUAGAAACUAUGACACUUUAAUUUAUUGCUUGUUAAUGUAGAUUAAGU